CCGCCGUCAGCAUGUGCCAUGUCAUUGUCACCUGCCGCUCCAUGCUGUGGACUCUGCUGAGUAUCGUGGCCGCGUUCGGAGAGCUCAUCGCCUUCAUGAGCACCGACUGGCUGGUGGGAUUCCCCCGCACGCCCGAUGCCGUCUUCGGCCCCCAUGGGGCCACCGCGGCCGGAGAGGCCUACAGGCCCACUCUGGGCAUCUACGGCCGCUGCAUAAAACUGCCCCACCUGAAGCGCGGAAUACUGUGCGGACCGUACGCGAUACACUUUGGGGAGAUUGCCAGCGGGUUCUGGCAGGCCACGUCCAUCUUCCUGGCGGCGGGGAUCCUGCUGCUGUGUGCCGUGGCGUUCAUCUCGGUCUUCACCAUGUGCUUCCAGAGCAUCAUGAAGAAGAGCAUCUUCAACGUGUGCGGACUGCUGCAAGGGAUCGCAGGUCUGUUUCUGAUCCUGGGUCUGAUGUUGUACCCCGCCGGCUGGGGUUCGGACAAGGUCCAGCUGUACUGCGGCGCCGACGCGGCUCCGUACCAGGCCGGGCUCUGCUCCAUGGGCUGGGCCUUCUACACCGCCAUGGGCGGCACCGUGCUCACCUUCGUCUGCGCCGUCUUCUCCGCGCAGGCCGAGAUCGCCACCUCCAGCGACAAGGUGCAGGAGGAGAUCGAGGAGGGGAAGAGCCUCAUCUGCCUCCUCUGAGAGGCCCAGACACUUUUGUGUAGAAGAAGAAGGAGAAGGAGAAGAAGAGCCACCUGCCCUUCUGUCUUUAAUAAGGCCGACCUGUGAAAUGGAGGCCCCCGCAUUGUUUACCACUAAAAACCGACUCUUUGUUUGUCUCCGUCUUGUGUUUACGUGGGAGAAAUCUACAAGUGCCAAGUUCUUUCUUUCCUCAGUGUUUGUCUUCGUGUUCGUGUUUUAACCGUGUGGACGCCCAGAGAGGCGUGUUCUGUAAAUAAGUGUGAUGAUAUAUAUAUUUUGUACAUAGUGAUGAUCGCAGAAUGAUUGGCUGGGCUGAUGAUGUCACUCUUGCCUUUUUUUAUGCCACCAGACCACGAGCAGCCGACCUGUUAGCUGUCUGCCACGUGUGAGUGUUAGCUCAACAAGGGAACCACUACUCAGUCAGAAUAAACUACUCGGAAUGAACGGCUCCAGCUCAGAGUGGACGUCCUUUUUAGAAGCUUACAGAAUGUACUGUCGUCUGAAUCGUUUGUUUUUUGCAGACUCUUGAAAUGUAUCGACGGAAAAAAACGAGUAUUCGCACAGCUUGCACGAGGACGAUGAAGCUCCGUGGUGCGUUCUGUUUGUCCUCUUCUUUCUGCAAAAAGAAAUCCUGAUAUGAAGUGAGCUGGACCCCGUGCAGGGUCCCCGUCUGGUCCUCAUCCAGCGGACGUCCUGUAACCUGUGCACAAAGACAUGGACAUGCACGAGGAGGACGUGAAGUAUCGCUGUUUGUUAGUGACGUCUGGUUUCAGGGAGUCUAUGGAGUCGUAGCUGGUGUCCUUCU